UUUCCCCCCUUUUUAAUUUGACAUGCAGCCGGUGCUCUCAAACAAACGGCCAACAGCGCGUGUUUAUCGCUCGCGUUUUGUUCUUAACAACGUUCCAUUUCUGGCUUUUCCAAAGAUAAACUUGAAUUAAAAUGAGUGUGCGUCUAUGGCAGACAACAUGGAAAUGGCAGCGACUUAGCAACAUUGCCCUGCGCGUCAACUAUCAACCGAAUGCAGCGGUCGUCGGUUAUGCAACUGAAGCAGUGAGGAAGUCGCUCCAGCAAUCAGUGCGGAACUACUCAAAUGGAUCACCUAAUAAAUGGAAUAACUUACAAAGCGCCUAUGACACAACAGCUAAAGAAGCAUCGGCUACGAGAACAACAAGAACACCCGUGCUUACUGUCCUGCUGGAGAAAUUGAUCUCGCAACAUCAGGCCAGCGGUCAAGUCGUCUUCGAGUUGUGCGACAAAGUUAUAACACAGCUCGAGAGUAAUCCAAAUGCUUACAAUCAACUUUUGAGCAGCGAACAAGCACACUUCCUACUACGUGCUUGCGGUACUAGGAUGCCGGCUCGUCCGAGCGCAACGCGUUUGGAACUUUUCCAGCGCCUUUGGUCCUAUUUGGCACAGCACGCACAGCUAAACGCAUCCAACUAUUUGACUUGGCUGCAUGUGCUGCAACAUAAUCGUGCGCCGCUCGCAGAUUUCCGCUUAUUCUUGCAAGAGUUCAACAAGCUGAAUAAUUCUAACGAACUUGCGCUUCCCGAUGUAUACGCAGAACUAUUGCUGACAGCCUGUAGCACCGGCGACAUAAAGCAAGCGACAGAGGUGCUGGCAGAAAUGCGCGAACAUGAAUUCCCACUGAUGGAGCGGCAUUUCAACGCGUUGCUGUUGGGACACGCGCGAAAUCGCGAUCUCGCAGGCUGUCGCACAGUGCUCGACAACAUGGCUGCUGCGGGUGUGCUACCCAGUACAGAAACGCAGUCUUUGCUAGUAUGCGCAUAUGUGGAAAAUGAGGCGCCGGCAAAAGCGGCUGAGGUGUUGGACCAAUUCCACGGUAAAUUUGAUGCCGUACAAGUGGUGGGAAUGCUGCGCAGUCUCUUGUACGUGGAAUCACAACCAGACGAAGAAUUGAUAGAGAAGUUGGUACGAGAAUUGCCGAAAGAUUUUGCUGAGGGCACAGAAGUGGCAUUGCCAAUGCGUCACUUAUGCAUCGAACUGCUACAUCAUAGUCAUCUAACCUCAGUGAACCAUAUAAUUUCUAGCCUGCCUACGCCGCGCUUCAACGAAAAUCAAAAUAUAGACACCUUUGGCGUUUUUCUGCUGCAAGAAUUAUUUCGCGCAAAAUGCACCGCCACAGAGAUAAUCGAAGUAGCUAAACUGCUUCAAGACAGUGGGAAGAACACCCGCUCGCUACACAUCACCACGGAGAUAGCACUACGGCGCAAUGCUGAAACGGCGCUGCCCUACCUGGAAUCUCUAGCACAGCAGGAGCCACUGCGCCCUCACUACUUUUGGCCACUGCUGCUGCAUAACCACCGACAGUCAGGCGAGGCCGGCGUUCUCAGUGCGCUGAAGCAAAUGAAAGCCUUGAAUGUGGCUUGUGAUCGCGAAACUAUUGCGCUCUACGUAUUACCACAUUUGCCGCUGACACUGCAACGCCCCGAACAGGCAAUAAAAGCACUAGACGACAUAGGCAUCAAACCAACGUCAGCGCUCCUUGAAAUAAUUAUGUAUCUGCUGCUUCACCAGCGGCUUGAUGCGGCGCACGAUUUGCUCGAGUUGUAUCCAACUAAAAUGCCAGUGGAGCAGCUGGUUCCGACACUGGCCAACGCAGCGGUAAACGUGCGUGCCACUAAGCGCUACCAACAGUUUGUCAAGCUGCUGGCUGCGCUGUCGAAAAAGAGUGAAAACCGCAAAGUUGACUGGGUGGGCCAACUAUUGCUGGGCAUGGUGCAUGGGCAAAUGCGGCUCCGCAGUGAUCUGAGAGCGGUGUAUCGCUUCGUUGAUGAAAUGGUCAAAUUCGCUUUGGUGAUAUCGCCCGCUGCAGCUAAUGCGCUAGUGGCGGCGCUGGAGGAGCAAGUAAAAAAUAACGCCAACCUCAGUGGCAUUAAAGAAGCGCUGCGCAAAAUUACCGACAACAAUGUGGUGCUGCCUCAAAGUACUGCAGCAGGCGCGAUUGGUCCCAGCAAUUCAUUUGUAAAGCAUCCGCGCGACAUGACGUUGGAAGAGCUGGAAUAUCAUUUAGUAGAGUUGGAGGCGAAAGGCAUGAAUACGCGGGGCGUGCUGCGCAGACUACUGCAAUUGUGUGUGCGCGACGGGCGAUUAGAGCGCGCGAUAGAGAUCAAGGCCAAGUGCGACGAGCUGAAGGUGCAAGUGAGCGCCGGCAUGUUGGCUAGCACUCUGGAACUUUACAUUAAGUUGAAGGAUCUGCCCAAUGCUGAGAAGAGCCUGCAGCGUUUACAGCAACAAUUUUCCGACUUCACCGUAGAUGAGCACAAGUUCAUUGACUACGCAGCGCUGCUGGUACACAACAACCGCUUAGAUGCGGCUAAGCAGCUGCUGCAAGAGCGCGCUAAAACGCAGCGCAUCCAAGGCGGCGAUUAUGUUAUAAAAAACGUUUGGAAUUUCCUUACUAAUAUCGCACAGCUCGCUGCGAAAAUGCCCACGCUGGAGCCGGAGCGCAAUUUGACACGCGAGCACUUCCACUUCCUGCAAAAGCUGCGCUACUGCAAUGCGCACAACAGCGUCCUGGGCCCGAUUGUGCGAGAGCGAUUACUACGCGGCGACAUCAAAGCCGCCGUGGUAGAUUUUAUAAAACUCGCCGAACAAUACAAGCAUACGCCGCUACAAUUUGAGCUGCUCUCGUUGUUGGUGCGGCUGAGUAACGGUCACGAGCCGGACGUCACACAGUUUGGCGGCGUGAGCGGCGAUGAAGCACAACAACUACUGGGCGAAGUGACGAAUACCAUCUCCAAAGUGCAUGGCGUUCUUAAUAUGAACAGCGGCUUAUUGUUAGCCUUCGCCGAAUCGGGCACCGACAGCCAACUGAGACGGCUGCUAAUCAACCCUGAAUUCCGCAUCAAUGAAGAACUGCUUAUGAAAAAUUGUGAUUAUCUGGGUGAAGAGGGCGCUGUGACCACCUUACUGCGGUUGGCGCGCGGCGCGCGUGGAUUCGGCCGCAUCAUCGAUGAGCAAAACAUACACAAUAUGCUGCUGACACAUUUCGCCAAAGCGAAUAACUAUGAGGCGGCGUUGGAUUUGUAUGAACGACUGGAGGCCGACGACGAGCUGAAAAUAUCGCAGGAGUUUUUGCGCAAUCUGGUGCAAUUGCUGCGUGUCAAUAACGUCGAAAUACCCAGCAGAGUGGCAUUACGUGCGCAAAUCAUGUAGUAAGACGGCGGCGACGCGUAGGCAUUUAAUAUUUUAGUGGAGUUAAAUUAUGUGACCUGUGCCGAACAUUUACAUGUAAGCGAAGGAUAUCCGAGAAAAUCAGGCAGAACGAAGACAUGUCGAAGUAUAGAAAAUAAAAGGCAAUCGUUUUGUUA